UGAUGAAAGUCUUGCGUAACAAAAUCAAUACUCGGCACCACCUACGGAAUUAAACUCAAUCAAAACGCAUUGAGCUUCUCGUCGUCGAGGAAUCAUGUUAUUCUCGACUACGACUCUAUUGUUGGCCGCCGGCUUCUUACAAGCCGUGCUGGGCCACAACAUCCAGCUUCCCGCACACGGUCGCGAAUGCUUCCACGAGGAGCUGCACAAGGACGAUGUCAUGACCGUCACGUUCCAGACUGGCGAUAGGGAGUUCGGUGGAGCUGGGAACCUCGACAUUGACUUCUGGAUCACAAAUCCGAUGGGCCAAUACGAGACCUUCCAAAAGGACGUUUCGAACGGUGAUCACUCUUUUACCGCUAAGCAUGAUGGCAAAUUCCUCUAUUGCUUCGGCAACGAGCACUGGGGUUCCAACAGCAAGGAGGUCUCUUUCAACGUUCAUGGCAUAGUUUACGUAUCCGAGGACGAAGCUCCCCAGGACCCGUUGGAAAAAGAGAUCAAGCAACUCUCCGAACUGGUUGACCAGGUCCGAGACGAACAAUCCUACAUCGUCGUUCGAGAACGCACCCACCGCAACACCGCCGAGAGCACGAAUAGCAGAGUCAAGUGGUGGAACCUGUUUGUUAUUGGCGUCGUGGUAGGCGAGUCCCUGUUCCAGGUAUGGUGGCUACGAAGAUUCUUCGAGGUCAAGCGGGUAGUAUAAGUUGGGCUAGGGGGCGGAAUAGUUCAAUUACCUUCUUGAUUCUGGGUAGUCUGGCGUAUCAUGGAUUGGUAUUGAGACGGCGGACUCUAAAAGUAUGGGCAGACAUUCACGAAGUAGAACGUCUUGUACAUUUGUACAAUAAUGAGAAGGCAUU